GUUAUCAUCAAAUCCCAGAUCAGAGGUAAAAUCCAAAGUUGAAGAUGGGCAAGGGGGGAUUCAGCAGAGCUUCCAUGUUUCAAAUCAUAGCUUCCUUAUUCUUACUUAUUGUCGUCUUUGCCUGGGCUGAAACCAACCCCUUUGGAGGGAUUAUUGAGGCAGGAGCAUCAUGUUUCACGGUGGUGGGAGUGAAGGAAGGAGACACGUGCUUCGACAUUGCCAAGUCGUUUAAUGUGAGCACUAAGGAUUUCAAUGCCAUAAACCAAACCUCAACUGCACUGCUCUCUUCAUCGGCCAAUGGCUUUGCAUUGAAGGGUCUGUCAAUUGAACUUAGACAACGUUGUAACCUUAACAAUGCAGCAUUGGGAUACGUUUUGUAUGGGGUAAAGUGGCCUCCAUCUGGGCUAACAACCUUUAUAUGCAUGCAUGUAUGAUGUGUCUCAUUCAAUAAUAACAAAUAAUGUUUUCUUGUUUCCA